UCGAAUCCAAUCGCCGUUGUAGAUUGUUUUGCUCGCCGGUUAAAUCAGUUGAAACCGAAACGUCGUCGCUAACGGAGCUAGUGCCACACUCGGAAGCGUGUAUACAAAAUAGUCACACACACACACACACACACACACACACAUAUCUAUAUAUAUUGUGAACGAACAUUAUCUUCAUCAAACGACAUUGGCAUUCAAGUGUGCAAUUUAUAGCGUGGCGCUAAUUGCCCCCCAAAACGGCCUUUCCCCCAUAUAUAUAUAUAUAUAUACACAAUAUAUAUAAAUGGUAUAAAGAGGCCAUUCGGGUCAAGUGCUCUAAAUUGAAUGUGUCAGUUGGCAUCGUCGAUCGGACUCAAUAUGCUGUUGCACUUGCUUUGCUUGUGCCUGCUUUCGCCCGUUGUUACCAUCGCAUCACAAUCCAUAUGCGGUUCCAUGGAACUGCGCCAGAUCUCGGAUUUUCAGCAAAUGCGCAACUGCAGCAUUGUUGUGGGCCACGUGCGCAUUGUGCACCUGGAACUGGCAAGCAAUGCGAGUCUGACAGAGUUGCGCAGCGAGGUAACCGAGAUCACCGACUAUCUGAUGCUCUAUCGUUGCACCGGUUUGCUUACGCUGCAGUCCGUGUUCCCAAAGCUGAAAUUGAUACGCGGCCAGAAGCUGCUGUUCGAUCAAUAUGCCCUCACAGUCUACGAGAAUCGCAAUCUGAGGGAGCUGGGAUUUGUGGAGUUGCAGCGCAUUCAGAACGGUUACAUUCGCAUCGAAAGCAAUCCCAUGUUGUGCUUUGCGGAGACCGUUGACUGGAUCUAUCUACUCGGCAAUGUCACAGCUCAGCAUUUCUCCAUUAAGCUGAACAAAUCGCCAAAUCAUUGCCCAGUUUGUGGCGGCCUCUCCGCGGAUUUUUCGAAUCGGAUAAAUAAGAAAAAAUACUGCUGGAAUAUGGAAACAGAUCAGGUGCGCCUGGAGCCGCCACGACGCCAAGGCUGUCCGGAGAGUUGUGGUGGCAAUGGUUGCGAUAUGUCUGGCAACUGUUGCCAGUCCAGUUGCAUUACGGGCUGCUCUCUGCAGAAUUGUACGCUGUGCGCCAAUUAUCAACGGAAUGGAAGCUGUGUGGAUCGGUGCAUUGCCAGCUAUGAGCUGCACAAGAGGCAGUGCAUCUCGCACAAGGAAUGCCGACAGCUUAAUCUCAUUCCCCUGACGAGUGGCUAUCGCUGUGUGGAACAUUGCCCCAAUAAUCACAAGCCCGUCAUCGAGGCCAAUGGAAUGUUGCAAUGUCAGCUGGAGUGCAGGGGCGUCUUCCAUGUGAAGCGUGGCGCGGAUCUGGAGCAACUGCGUGAUUGUGUAACCAUCAAUGGAUCGCUCAUCAUCGAGCUGGUCGAUAUAAAGGAAAAAAUUGUAUCUGCUUUGGAGCAGGCGUUGGGCAGCAUCAAAGAGAUUACUGGCUAUCUAAAAGUCGUGCAUUCAGCUCAGCUAAUGUCGUUCUCCUUCCUCCAAAACUUGGAUACUAUACGCGGCGAUGAGCUUAUUGAAAACAAAUACGCCUUGUUCGUUGUGAACAAUUAUCACAUGGAACACAUUUGGCCAGCCAAUCGUCAGGUGGCCAUACAGCGUGGCACAAUUUUCUUUCACCUGAAUCCCAGUUUGUGCUAUGAGAAGGUGCUAAAGCUGCAGUCCUCACUGAAGAGCAUCCGCAAGAUCUCCAUAGUCGAUGUGUCGCCCAACUCGAAUGGAGAGCGCGUCAUUUGUGGCAAUUUUGUGCGUACCCUGGAUGCCCAGGUUGAGGAUAUUAAUGCCACAGCGGUACGAAUUGCGACAAAUUUUUUGAAAUGUGACGAUAUGGAAACACUGCUCGGCUACUCAUAUCAUUAUAUGGAGGCACCCCAGCGCAAUGUCACCAAGUACGAUGGUCGCCAUGGCUGUGGACAUGACAACUGGCUAAUGGACGUCUCAACCAGCAAGAAUCGUCGACACGUCCUCGCCAACCUGAAGCCCCACACUCAGUAUGCGUACUUUGUGAAGACUCUCACACGUACCGAUUACCACAUGCAACUUGAUGCAUACUCCAAGAUACUCUACUUUCGCACGCUGCCCAGCAAGCCGAGUCCAGUGAGUCGACUUCAUGGCAGCUCCGAUCACAGUACGGAAGUUCUAUUGAAUUGGUGGCCACCACGUCGUCCCAAUGGGAACAUAUUCAAGUACAUAAUCAACUAUGAGGUGCAUAAUCUGACCAAGACGGAGGAGAGUGGCAGGAACUAUGCCACAUUUAAGGCAAGCAAUAAUAGCUUUCUGGACUGCGAUUGCAAUGAUCUGGUAUCAUAUGAUUCGGGACCACAGCCAGAGGAUGAGAACUACUACAGUAAGGAGCAAAUAACCUAUGAUGAUGCGCUGCCCAAUCUGAUAUAUGUUUCACGACGCAAAAACCAAAUUAAGACAGACAAAUUUGACAAGGUCCUGGACUUUAAUGAUCUGAUCGCUGGCACCUCGUUAAAUGCGAAGCCCAUCAAUAAGAGCAGCGAGGCAGAAACCAAUGCAACAACUCCAGCUAUCAACGGCAAUUUGACAAUUUCGGAAAAAAAGAAUGAAACUGAAUCCUUGGAAGCCAAGAAGGCUCGGAAGGCAGCUCAGAUUUUAGCUGAGCAGGCAGCCAAACAUUAUGAUGAGUAUCGCGAGCGUUUGGAGCAGAAAAUGCGCGAAAUUCAGGAUACGGGCAUUGCGGACUAUCUAAUUCAACAUGCCCAGCCAAAAUGCAAGGAUAUCCAUGCCUCGAUCAGCUAUCAGCUGGAACAGAAAUGCAUUGUGGAGGAGGAGCUGAGUGGCAUUCAAUUGCCCGGCACACAGCAUUCCCAUAAGCUGACCGACCUGCUACCCAAUCAGUAUUAUCGCAUCUCGGUUCGAGCUUGUGCUGAGGGCGUCUUGAAUGGCUGUUCCAAUCCCACCGAGAUGCUACUGAAGACCAUCAGCGUUGAGGUCGAACAGUUUAUGAAUGGCAACUGACAACAAUUAGAUGUUUUAUUCCAUCAUUAUUUUAAUAUAUUUUUGUUUUACUCAGUGGAAUUAUUGUGUCAGGGAAAUUUGAAAAAUGUUUGUAGCAAUCAAUCAGCUUAUCAAUUUAUUUUUGAUUACCAGUUAUUUAAGAUACAUUUUAAAUCGAUUGUAAUUUUUAGCUUUAGCUUUUGUGAACUGUAAACUAAAAUACUCAGGCUACUAAGUUGUAUUGAAGUAUGUUUAAUAACUAAAUGCAAAUGUUCCGUCUGAUGUUGGAUUUGUCGAUAUAUGUAUGUGUGAUAUAUAUAGUAGUUGUUAACUGAGUAUUUUUGUUUGUUUUAAUUAAUUCUUAACCGACUGCUAACUGAGUAUGAUAAUGGCAAAAUGUUCAAGUGUAUUUGCAAAAGUUCCUCAAACUAUAUAAAUUAAAUCAGAAAAUCCUUUUA